CGCCAGUUGGCUGCCGAACUCGCGACGCCGCGGUCGCAGCACGCCACAUUUUCCGCGUCACGACCUAGACAGGGUCAUCGCGACAUUCGCAAAGUUUUCAGCGCUAUCCGUCGUGAAUAUGUAGAUAAUAAAAAAUAUUCUAAAAGUGCAGACAAGUUCUAAAUUGACAUAGCAACUGACAGUCUUAGAAAACUGAAAAUAGGUGGAUUUGUUUAACCACCGCUACGGAUUUGCUAGGAAAACUCUACAGUCAUAGUGGAAAACGGCGAAGAAAUUGUGAAAAUUAACAAAAUGCAGAUGCCUAAUGGAGUUGACUACAACAAAUAUUUGGAUGGUCCGGAUCAGGUGGUCCCGGCAGACGGCUUUAUAAACUGCCAGCCCGGGGGCCAUGUCAAACUGCGGGUGAUGACUCGGGGGGUCGGGGCGGAGCCUCCGAUCUCCGUGCCCGGCCUGCUCCGGCGCACCGUGGCGCGAUACCCUGACGCCAUAGCGCUCGCCGCCAAGAAGGAAGACGGAAAAUGGCACAAAAUCACUUACAGACAAUACCAAGAGAGAGUCCGCACUGUUGCCAAGGCGUUUCUUAAGUUAGGUUUGGAGCGUUACCACUCGGUAUGCAUUAUGGGCUUCAACUCCGAAGAAUGGUUCCUGGCGGAUCUCGGAGCUAUACAUGCUGGUGGGUAUGCAGCCGGUAUCUACACGACGAAUUCGGCUGAAGCCUGCUACCACUGCCUCGAGUCCUCGCGGGCUAACAUUUGCGCCGUGCAGGACAAGAAACAGCUGGACAAAAUCCUGUCAGUACGCAGCCGACUCAAACACCUCAAAGCUGUGAUACAAUGGGAGGGCACCGUCGACACAUCCCUGCCUGGAGUAUACAGUUGGGAGCAAAUAAUGGAAAUGGGCAGAAAAGAACCGGACACACAUUUGGACAACAUACUGAAAAGUAUAUCGAUCAACGAAUGCUGCACACUUGUAUAUACCUCCGGAACAGUGGGUCCACCGAAAGCGGUGAUGUUGUCACAUGACAACCUGACAUGGGACGCGCACUCUAUCGGCGAGAGAGUAGGAGAUGUCCAACCCACCCAAGAGAGAAUGGUCUCUUUCCUCCCACUCAGUCACGUCGCUGCACAGGUGGUGGAUAUCUACACGACAUUGUCGAAUGCGAUACCUGUGUACUUCGCCAAACCUGACGCACUCAAAGGCAGCCUUGUCGAAACUCUUAGAGAAGUUCGGCCAACCAGAUUCUUAGCCGUGCCGCGAGUAUGGGAGAAGAUGUACGAAAAGAUAAUGGCAGUCGGAGCCUCCAGCGGGACCCUAAAACGGAACAUCGCCAUGUGGGCGAAAGAUAAGGGGCUGAAACACCAUCUAGCCAGGAUUAAUGGAGCGUUAGAAGCUGAUCCAAGAAGGCUCCCGAUAGACUUCGGCACUCUUGAAUUGAUCAAUUAUUGGAAAGAGGGCACGGGAUGCGGCUACAAGAUGGCGUGUUCGUUAGUGUUCAACAAAGUGCACGAUUCGUUGGGUCUGGACCAGUGCUCCACGUUCGUGACCUCCGCGGCGCCGCUCUCUCCCGAAAUCAAGAAAUUCUUUCUCUCCCUAAACAUACCUAUCAUGGACGCCUACGGUAUGAGUGAAGCCGCCGGCGCACACACUGUUAGCAUAUACCCCAGAUUCAAAUUGGACGCGGCAGGUGAACUGCUGGACGGCACAGAGACCAAAUUCGACGGGUCUGUCAGCGUGAACGGCCCGGGUGAGAUCCUGAUGCGAGGCCGACAUGUCUUCAUGGGAUACCUCAAUGAUGAAGAGAAGACUAAAGGAAGUAUCGAUGACGACGGCUGGCUACACUCCGGAGACGUCGGCAGACUCGACACUAACAACUUGUUGUACAUUACCGGGAGAAUAAAGGAAUUACUGAUCACAGCUGGCGGUGAGAACAUAGCGCCAGUACUGAUCGAACAGGUAGUGUUGGCUGAGCUCAUUCACAUCGGAUACGCCGUGCUCAUUGGAGACCGGCGCAAGUUCCUAUCAAUACUGCUCACCAUCAAGUCAAAAGUAGACUCGGAGACUGGCGAACCGCUAGACCAAUUGGACCCUGAAGCCAAGAAGUGGGUGGCGAGUCUCGGCAGCAAGGCUACCACCGUUAGCGAAAUUGUAAACACCAAAGAUCCUCUUGUAUACAAGGCCAUAGAAGCCGGGCUGGCGCGUGCCAACAAACAAGCUAUAUCGAACGCGCAGAAGAUUCAAAAGUUCGCCGUUCUGCCUAAGGAUUUGUCUCUCUUCGGUGGCGAAUUAGGACCUACGCUCAAAAUUAAGAGGAACGUAGUCUACGAGAAAUACAAAGACAUCAUAGAAGAUUUCUACAAAGAAUGAUUUUUAUAACCUUAGCAUGUAGAGAAAGGGCUGUUGUAGACUAUACACAAGUAAUCUUAUUGCUCAACUAGGGAUUAGUGCGUCGGAAUUGUGAUUGCUACUUAAAGAGAUAUGUAAAUAUUUUUGUAACGAAUAAAAUUAUUAUUUUUAUUAAGGAAA